AUGGAACAAGAUGUCAUAAAUUUGAAAAACCAUACUACUCAAUAUAAAGUACUGAAAGAUGAAGAAAUAAAACAAAAAGCCCUGAAGACAUAUAUGGAUAGCAAUGAGUAUAAAAAAGAAGUUGAAGCAAAUGUAAAGGCAGAAAAACUUUUACAGUUGCAAAACCAAACCGUACAGUAUGAAAACUUAGCACAAGAAAGUAAAAAUAACGACGCAGCCAUGCAAAAGGCAAUGAAAAGCGCAGAAUAUAUAAAAGCUAAUAAUGACUGGUUAGAUGCCCAAGCCAACGCUAAAGCAGCCCAACUUAUAGGGUCAAUAAGGACAAAAAUACAAGCGGAUGAAGACAGUUCAAAUGAAGCUUUAAUGAAUGCUGACUUUAAGAACGCCUUCGAAGCUCUUCAUAGUAAGGUGAAACUAGUGAACGACUUCUCAUCUGGAAAGAAACUGAAGUCUGAAGGUUUCGACAAAGAGUUAAGAGAAGUAGCACAAAAUAUGACGAAAAUAACAGAUGCAGCAACGAGACAGGCAGUUCAAAGUGCCUAUGACUCCGUUAGAGCAACUGUUGUGGAAAGUCAAGAAAAAGAGUUACAACAGACCAAAACAGACCUAGUAAAUGCUUUCUUAAGAACGAAAAGUCAGGUAGGACAUUAUGCUGCAGAUGGAACAUAUGUGCCAGCUGGUGGAACUUAUAUACCAGCUGGUGGAACUUAUAUACUAGCUAGUGGAACUUAUAUACCACCAAACCCUCCAAGAGAAGCACUUGCACCAGGACUACCUAAAACAUUUACAUCGUCACAUGGACACAGACACAGGCAUGCACCAAAACCAGCACAACAACAACAACCAGCACAACAACAACCAACACAACAACCAACAGUUCAAAAUCCAGCACAACAACAACCAGCACAGCAACCAACAGUUCAAAACCCUGCACAACAACAACCUCCACAACCAGAGCAAGGACAUAAAAGAAGUAGAGAACAAGGAAACCAAGAAUUCUUAAAAAUGCUGAAGGAAGAGUAUGGUUACCCAGAUACUCUUGACUUUAGUGACAGAUAUAAAGAAGCUAUUAGAAAGUUCAAGGAAGGAAAUACUGACCCGAACCUAUUUAGCUUUAUGGCUCAGCACCAAAUUGGAUAUAAUCUCAAACCUGGAAAAUACAAGCUCGCUAAGGGAUAUGAUUUAAUAGCAUAUCAUCCAAAUGACAUGAACGAAUUUACUCCGAGAUAUUUGGUGUCAGAGCUAAAUGACAAUUCAACUCUCUUCAUGAAACGCGUAAAAAAUAGAGACGGAACGAAAGAAGAAAGGCUUAUGAAUGCGGAUGACUUAAAUAGGGAAUUUGUUAAAAACCGUCUCGGAAUAUAUGAAAUGCCAGCAGAUGAGGUACAAGAAACUCAACAGGAAGAAGUUCAGAUACAACCAGACAUGGAAGAAAUAGUUCAGCAACAACAGCUAGAAGAGCCUGAAGGAAACGAACAAGUCCCUCCUUUGGAAACUAACUUCACAGAACUAGAUGAAGAUUUGGAACAGCCGAAAAAUCUUGACCCUCAACAAGAGUAUGCGGAGAAUAUGGAAUCUUUCCAAGAGUCUAAAAAAAAUUCGGCUGACAUAGUAGAAGGAUAUCGAAAAAUGUUCGCCGACAUACAAAAGACUCCAACACCAGAUGAAAAUAUUCAGCAUAGAAUGGAAGUACUGAAAGAAAAUGUACACAAAUACAACAACCCUUUUUACUUACGAGCAUUUAACGUUCAAUCUUUGGAUGAACUCGGUGAAAAUAAAAGGUUAAAUUUCAACAAAACAUAUAGAAAUGAAACAUUGUUUAAAGUUCAUUCAGAACCUAACCAAGAUGGAAACAAACCUACUUUUGUUUCUGCAGACUAUGGAACUACAAUGAGAUGGGGUCAUAAAGCUAAUCCAGAUAGGUGGUUCAUAAACUUACAACCACAAUUCCAAGAAGUUGUAGACGCAAUGGAAGUGAAUGGUGAACCAGAUAUAGCAGGUAUUUUCAGCGCGGCUUUAAUGCCAUUGAAAGAUAUGAAAAAUGCAGAUAUUUUGGACCA